AAUUUUUGGCCCAGAAGCCCUUGUACUGCUUCAAUCUGACAUCCAUGCAGGAUUCGGAGUUGAUCCUCGCUGCCACUUUUCACUUCUAUGCUGACAAACGCCCUCGGCACCGGGAAGUGUUUUGUAAGCGUUCUAAGAACUCAUCCUGCCGCCUCCUUCACCUGCCUCCGAUCCUGCGGUUCAACCUUAUUUUCCAAAGCGUUCACCAGAAUUCUGCCUAUGGACUAAUGAAAGGGAACAUCACCAUGUUUCUUCAAAGGCGAGGGUCCUGGCAUGCAAAGGACAUUUCCCACAUCAUAAAAGAAUCAAAACGGGCUGGAGAGCUCAUUCUUUGUGCUGAGCUUGAUUCUGGGGAGAAACAACUAGGCUUCCCUGAACAGGCCGUCAGUCAUCUACCUUAUAUACUGGUUUAUGCCAAUGAUCUUGCAAUCUCUGAACCUAACAGUGUGGCAGUAACUCUACAGCGUUAUGAUCCAUUCCCUUCCAAUGACGGGGACACAAAUCUGUCCCCUAAUGCUUCUACUGAUACCCGAGUGAGGAGAGAUACGUACCUCUCUAGCUCUAUUCAGAACAAUGAAUUGCCAGAAGCAGAUUAUAACAACAAUAAAUACAACAAACAUGACAUCUGGGAGAACGCCUACAAGUCCUUGAAGCCAAAAACCUCACGCAAAGACCGAAGGAGAAAAGGGCAAGAAAAUACAGAAACACUUGCAAAGUCUCAGGUGCUAAAUUUUGAUGAGAAAACAAUGAAGAAGGCAAGGCGAAAACAAUGGAAUGAGCCAAGGAUCUGUUCAAGAAGAUACAUGAAAGUUGACUUUGCAGAUAUUGGCUGGAAUGAAUGGAUCAUAUCACCCAAAUCAUUUGAUGCCUACUACUGUGCAGGGGCAUGUGAAUUUCCAAUGCCCAAGAUUGUCCGGCCAUCAAAUCACGCUACAAUCCAGAGCAUCGUAAAAGCAGUAGGAAUCAUUCCUGGUAUCCCAGAACCCUGCUGCGUUCCUGACAAAAUGAGCUCACUCAGUGUCCUGUUCUUAGAUGAGAACAAAAACGUUGUUUUAAAGGUAUAUCCCAAUAUGUCGGUUGAAACUUGCGCCUGCCGAUAAGCUCAUGCGAACACAUCCUUACCAAGACCCGCGUGUCCUGCCUGACUACACUGGGAAAGUUGUAAAUGGGAAAUGAAACCACUUGUGUUCGUGAGUGAAUGCAAGCCUACAGUGCCUCUACAGAAAGCCUGUGGGGAGACUGAAAGGAUACACAGGCUCACCUGGAAGGAGGUGUCUUACUGUCAUCAUUUCUCUUUCAUAUUCAUCUUCCAGGAAUUCGAUAUUUUUACAAAUAUCUUCCUAACCCAUCUAGCCAAGACACCUGGUGUUUAGUGAGAAAUUUAAGUAUAAAGUUUUCCAUAAUCAGAGGACUAAAAUACAUCUUUAUAUGCUAUUUUUCUGACUAUUUUAUCUCUUCAGUUAACCAAGAAGAUGGGAAGUGAACUUGCAAAGGCCGACUUAUUUUAGAGUAUUACUUUCGUACACAAAUCAAAACUUUUUGCCUAAAGCACUCAUACUCCUAAUCUGCAUAUUUAUACUGAAAAAAAUGCUGUAAUAAAGGGCUUAAAAUGUAUAUUUUCUUCAGGAUGCAAGUAUAGUGCACUGCAUAAGCUUUCAUAUAAACAGUACAUUAAUAUAGCCAUUUUUGGUUACCCUUCCCUAAUACAUAAUUUGUUCUACAAAAGACAUAUGUAAUACCCCACACUUUUGGGUUGCUGGAUGAUUUCAGGUUGUUAAACAUAUUCUCUGAGUAACACAUACUAUAUAGUAAUAUGUGGAAAUACUAAAAAUAAAAUAACCAAGAUUUAUAUUUUUGUAAAUUAUACUUUAUAUCCUCUAGAUUGUUACAUGCUUUUAACAAAAGCUAAUAAAUGAAAGGUACAGUAGUAUCUAAAAA